AUGCUCACAAACAUUAACCUGCCUUACAUAGCUUUGGCUGUGGGUAGCGUGAUCUUCUUGUACUUCAUAUUGGCACCGACUAACCCUAAGAAAGAUGAACCAUGGAAUAAACUCGACAAGAUUGGGGUUUCAUCAGGGUUCUUACCUUGGACACGCGCUACAUUCGCCUCCUGUACGGCCCUGCUACGAAAUACCCAUGAAGGAUAUCAUCAAUUUUGCAAGAAGGGGCUCCCCUUCGCACUGCCGACAAUGUGGACUGGAAAGGCCAUUGUCGUGGCCCCAAUUUCAGCUCUACACCUUACCAAUAAGCCAGACAGUGAACUGAUAGGCUAUUGGGCAUUGGUCGAAAAUAUUCAACUCCCGUACUUCAUCCCUGAUCGCAAUGUUCUCGAGCACGUUAUUCACUUCGAAGUCUCACGCAAGGACUUAACCAAGCGAAACGUCAACCGCCAGCUUACUCCGACGGCUGAGGAGCUAGACAACUGCUUCUCCACUAUGUUAGGGAAUAGCACAGAAUGGACGACAGUCAACGGAUGGGACAUGUGUGGCCAGAUUAUUGCCCGCGUGGCCCUACGAACUUUGCUUGGAUUCCCGACUUGCCGCGAUGAAGAAUUAGUAAAAACCGCGCAGCACUUCGCCAAUAAUCUCUUCACUGCGGCUGCCAUCAUCAAUUGCACUCCUCCAGUCCUACGGCCGAUCCUCGCGCCGGUCCUAGCGUUGCCAACGAAGCGCUACCGCAAUCGAUACCGCGAGAUCGUGGUACCUGUGAUUAAGGAACGGAUCAGCCUGUGGGAGAAACACCAAAAUACAGGCGACGGUGAACUCCCAAGCGACUUUCUUCAAUGGCUAAUUGCCAGGGCUGCUCAGCAUGGCCCUGAACACAUGGACGCCUCUACGAUUUCAUACCGCCUCCUCGCCCUCAACACCAUGUUUGUUUAUGCUAUGAGCUUCAUAUUUGCUCAGACCGUCAUCGAUAUCUGUUCUAGUCCCGACCAUAAGCGGUUCAUGGAUGGUAUGGCGUCUGAGUGCAAAGACGUGUUUGGCCGUUAUCCAGGGGGACUGGCUUCCGACGAUGCCCUCGAGCAACUUCAUCGCGUCGAUUCAGCCAUCCGAGAGUCAAUGCGCAUCUCCGACGUGAGUCCGCUCUCGCUGCCUCGUGAUGUCGUCGGAAAUACGCCAUUGGACCUGGGUGGCGGCAUCGUCUGCCCACCAGGUACCCGUUUGAUGUAUCCCUCGCAGCCCAUUCAUAUGGACCCAGACUUCUGGGAGAACCCCUUGCACUUCAAUGCUUUCCGCUUUUCGGAUCCAUUCGAUAAAGAAGCCGAAGGAUCGCCACCUACUCAAAGUGACGGCACCCCGAAGGAACGGGAGAAUCUCGUUGACUUGACGAGCACCUUUCUGGCCUGGGGCUAUGGCAAGAAAGCCUGCCCCGGCCGCUGGUACGCAGGACAGACCAUCAAACAAUCCCUUGCCUAUAUGGUGAUAAAUUAUGAGGUAGAGUUGAUUGGGAAGCCACCUAAGCGAAGAGCUUUGUUAAAUGCCAUGAUUCCUCCCACGGGCGCAAGACUACGGUUCCGACGAAGAGUUUGGUGA